AUGUCUAACCAGUUUGAUAACGGUUUUCAGGGUUCUCAACCCUUUAUAACAGAUAACCAAUAUAAGAGUUUAUCUUUGGAUCAAUUAAGAUAUAUAUUAAGCCAGAAGAAAAAAACAAUACAAAAAAGCUAUAAGGAAUUAAGUGAAAAAGAAAAAUUAAUUAGAGAUAUAAGAAGACUUGAUAAGCUUAAUGAAAAAGUAAAACAAGGAGUAGAUAUAAAGAAGAAAUACAAGAAAAAGAAAGAUACCACUAAAAAGAAAAAGAUAAAAACAUUUGAAGAGUAUUUUGAGGAAUGUAUAAAAAAUAAAAAGAUACCACCGGAUACUCCUUCUUAUUUACGUGAAGCUCUUGAGAGGGCAAUGAGAGAAUAUGAUCAAGGGCUUAUUAAAGAGAAAUCAUCUUUGGAGAACUUUGUUAAUAAAUAUGUUAUUGAAGGAGAACCAGGGUCAUCUCCAGUUGAAUUUUUAAAUAUGAAAUUUAAUAUCCUUAAAGAAUUUUUUACUCAUCACAAAAACAUAAAGUUUGAACUUGUUUUGGUUUGUUUAAUGGAACAGCAAAUAUUUAGUAAAGACAAAGGAGUUGUAGGUUUGAAACAGGAUAAGGCUUACUUUAGAUCAGGAGUUCGUAAGAAUUUAAACUCAACAGAUGAAAAUAAAUUAAUUAAUUCUUGUUAUAAAAAUAUUUUUAAUGAUUUAGAUGUUUAUCAAGCCAAUGGAAGUGGAUGGUAUUUUAAAGAAGUUGUAAAAUUUGAAAUUCAUACUAUUGAGUUUAAUCCAACUAAGGGAUCAUCUUACAUUGAUCUUCCUAGUUGGAUAAAAAAUAAAAAAGCAAUUGUUAAUAUUAAAAAUAAAGAUGGCAAAUGCUUUCUUUGGUGUAUACUUAGAUAUCUUCAUCCAAAAGAAUCACAAGAAGAAAGAAUAAGCGAUUUAAAAAAGUAUGAGUUUUCACUUAACACUAAAGGAAUUACUUUUCCAAUGAAAGUAAAUAAUAUCACUCAAUUUGAGCAACUUAAUCCAGAACUUCCAGGAAUAAAUGUUUUUUCUAAUGAUGAAAAAAUGAUUAUUUAUCCUUUGAGAGAGGCAAAGAGAGAUUGUAAAAAUACUAUUGAUUUAUUUUUGUAUGAAGAAGAUGGUGCCUUGCAUUAUACUCUUAUUAAAAAUUUUCAUAGGUUGAUAAGGUCUCAAAAAACUACAAGUCAUAAUGGUGAAAUAUUUAUUUGUAAGAGAUGUUUUAGUCAUUUUACUAAAGAAGAAUUAUUAGAUAAACAUCAAAUAUUGUUCUAACAAUCAAACAGUAGCUGUAAAAAUGCCUGAACCAAGCACAAUGCUAUAUUUCAAAAAUUAUCAUAAACAACUUCCUAUUCCUUUUGUAGUUUAUGCAGAUUUUGAAUGCUUUACUAAACCAAUGAAUAGUUGCAGUCCUAAUCCAAAAGAAUCUUAUAAUUAUAAUUAUCAGAAACAUGAACCAUCAGGAUUUUGUUUUUAUGUCAAAGGAAUAGUAGAUAAAAAAAUAAAACCAAUAAUUUAUACAAAAACUUCUGAAGAUGAAGAUAUAUCAAAAGUAUUUGUAGAAAAACUUGCGGAAGUAACUAAAGGAAUUUAUAACGAUUUUUAUCAAAAACCAAAACCUCUUAGACUAACUCAGGAAGAACAAAAAUCAUUUGAGAAAGCAGUUAACUGUCACAUUUGUAGUCGCGAAUUAAAAAAAGAUAAAGUUAGAGAUCAUUGUCACUUUACAGGUCAGUAUCGCGGAGCAGCACAUAACAAAUGUAAUCUUAUGUGUCGUAAACCAAGAGUACUACCAGUUAUAUUUCACAAUCUUCAAGGAUAUGACGCACAUUUGUUUAUAAAACAACUUGCUAGAUUAGAAGGAGAUUUAAAUUGUAUUCCAUCUACAGAGGAAAAAUAUAUUUCUUUUUCAAAAAGUAUUAAAGUUGGUGAGUAUUAUUGCUUAAAACUUGGAAAAAUGUGCCCAAUUAAUUUUGAAAUACGAUUUUUAGAUUCAUUCAAGUUUCUUCAAACAUCACUUGCCAAUCUUGUUUCAAAUUUAUCAGCAGAUGACUUUCAUAAUACAAAACAUGUAUUCAAGAAAAAUGUAGAAUUACUAACUCGUAAGGGAGUUUAUCCUUAUGAUUAUGUUUCAUCACUUGAUAAAUUAUCAGAAACACAAUUACCACCCAAAGAGGAAUUCUAUUCAAAACUAAACGAUGAAGACAUAACUGAUGAUGAUUACCAACAUGCAAUUAAAGUCUGGAAUACAUUUAAAUGUAAAACAAUAAGAGAUUAUCACGAUCUUUAUCUAAAGUCUGAUGUAUUACUUCUAGCAGAUGUAUUUGAAAACUUUAGAAAAACUUGUCUCAAACAUUACAAACUAGAUCCAGUUCACUAUUACACAUCUCCAGGUUUAGCUUGGGAUGCAUGUCUCAAAGAAACAGGUCAGCAAUUACAGUUACUUCAUGAUUAUGAUAUGUUAAUGAUGUUUGAGCGAGGUAUUCGUGGUGGUAUAACUCAUAUAUCAAAGAGAUAUGCAGAAGCAAAUAAUAAAUAUAUGAAAAAUUAUAAUCCUGGAAAGGAGUCAACAUUUAUUCAAUAUUUAGAUGCAAACAAUCUUUAUGGAUGGGCAAUGUCUCAAAAUCUUCCUACUCAUGGAUUUAAAUGGAUGAAAAAUAUAACAAAAGAAAAGGUAGAUGAAAUUCUAGAGAAAGCAAAUCAUAGUAUGUCAAAUCUUGGGAAAAAAGGUUUUAUAUUUGAAGUUGAUUUAGAGUAUCCAGAACACCUAUGGGAUUCACAUAAUGAUUAUCCUUUAGCUCCUGAGAAGAUGAUUGUUAAUGGUGUUGAAAAACUAAUUUGUCAUUUUAAACCCCGAAAAAAUUAUGUUGUGCAUUAUCGAAAUCUUAGACAGUAUCUUGAGUUGGGUAUGAGAAUAACUGCUGUUCAUAGAGGAAUAUCAUUUUACCAGUCUCCUUGGAUGGAAUCUUAUAUCAGAAAGAAUACAGAACUUCGAAAGACAGCAGCUAACAAUUUUGAGAAAGACUUUUUUAAAUUAAUGAAUAACUCAGUUUUUGGUAAAACAAUAGAAAAUAUAAGGAAAAGGCAAAAUAUACAUCUUAUUGAUAAUCGUAAAAAAGCUGUAAAACUAUCAAGUCGACCAAACUUUGAUAGAUGUACAAUAUUUGAUCGUAAUCUUAUAGCAGUACAUAUGAAAAAGACAGAAGUGUAUUUUAACAAACCAGUAUAUGUUGGUCAAGCAAUUCUAGAUUUAUCAAAAACACUAAUGUUUAAUUUUCAUUACACAUACAUUAAAAAGAAAUAUAAAAAUAAAGCAGAAUUAUUGUUUACAGAUACGGAUAGUCUAAUGUAUGAGAUUAAAACAAAAGAUUUUUAUCUAGAUAUAUGUCCUGAUGUAAGAGAUAAGUUUGAUACUUCUGAUUAUCCUUCCAUCCAUCCUUCUGGGAUAAUUACAGGAGCUAAUAAAAAAGUGAUUGGAAUGUUUAAAGAUGAAGUAGCUGGCCGUCAAAUCAGCCAUUUUGUUGGGCUGCGACCCAAACUUUAUAGUUUUAAAAUUGAGGAGGAUAGGGAAGUAAGAAAGUGUAAAGGAAUAAAGAAAAAUGUUGUGAAAAAGAAAUUAGAUUUUGAUGAUUAUGUUAAAUGUCUAUUUUCAGGUGAGAAAGAAAUGAGAAAAAUGAAAAUAAUAAGAAGUGAAAAACAUGAUAUAUAUUCUAAAGAAGUUAACAAAAUAGCACUAAGUAAUGAAGAUGAUAAAAGAAAGGUCCUUAAAGAUAAUGUUCAUACUUUAGCUUUUAGAUAAAAAAAUAUUUAAAAGUAAAUAAAGUAUUAAAUAAUAAAUUUCUUAUACAGAAGAAGAAAUAAAAAAAUAUUUAGCUAUACUUCAUAAUUAUAAAAAACCUAUUCAGCAAGUUAGUGAAAAAAAACAAUGUUCAAAUUGCACAAAUACUAAAUGUUUUACUAUUUAUUCUGGCCUCAAAAUCUGUGAUGAAUGUGGUACAGCAAACGGUCAUGUAUUAGGAUUAUUUGAUGUAAAAGAUUUGGAUAGGUUGCAUUAUAGAAAAAAGAGUAUUUAUCAUAGGAAGUAUCAUUAUGAGAAAAAGGUUAAUCAAAUUUCUAAAAGAAUAAACCUAAAUGAUGAACAAAAAUGUGAACUUUACGAUAAACUAAUAAAAAUAGAUAACAAAAUAAUGGAA